GUCUCUCGCGGACUGUUGCCUGACACAGGCUCUGACUACGAGGGCACUGGUGGAAACAUCCAUGACGCGAUGGACUUCCUGCUGUCAAAUUUCAUUGAGAUGAACAAGCUAUGGGUGCGCAUGCAGCACCAGGGGAGCAAGCUGGACCAGGACAAGCGGGAGAUGGACAGGAAAAUGCUCCAAGACCUUGUGGGCAAGAACCUGACAUACUUGAGCCAACUUGAUGGUCUGGACUUCCACCUUUAUUCAGGGGUUGUCCUGUCAAGGGUCCUGGACCAGAUCAUUUGUUGCGAGGAUGUGAUCGCCCAGCAGUACUUGAUGCAAUGCGUGAUCCACUGCUUUCCUGACGAGUUCCACCUGGGCACAUUGGACGACCUACUGGGCACGCUGCCACGCCUCAAGGAGGGUGUCAAGGUGCACCUCAUCAUGGCGGGCCUUAUGGACCGGCUGGCACAGUAUGCAGAGAAGUACCCGACCAGUGUAAGGCAGGUGGACGCAUUUGCAAGGUUUGAGACCACCUGCUGCGAUGUCACUGCACAGCACCCAGAGAUGCAUGCCGGCGAGGUCAUUGAGAUGUAUGUGGCACUUUUGGCCUUCACUGGAAGUGUCCAUCCUGACAGGUUGGAUUAUGUUAAUGGCCUUCUUGAAGCAUGCCACAAGGCGCUCCGCGAUCGGGGCACUGUGAGCGAUCCAAAGGGUGAGAAGACUUUGGUGGACCUGCUGUCAGCGCCGCUUACCCGUUACGACGUCGUGCGGGUUCUGGGGCUGGACAGCUACCCUCGGCUGAUGGAUCUGCUGCGCAUGCGCAAGAGGAAAGACAUGGCUGUGAAGAUCGUGCAGGCCAUCACGGAGGGCGGCCUGAUUGUGGACAGCUUUGAGAAUGUGCGGCGACUGUUCACAUUUAUUGCGCCCCUAAUCAAGGACGCAGAGGGCUUCGAUGAGGAGAUCGAUGAUGAGGACCUUGAGGACGAGCAGACGCUGAUAGCUCGCCUGGUCCACAGCCUGUGGUCCCCCAUCCCUGCUGAGCAGAUGAAGAUCCUGGAGGAGGUCGGCAAGCAGUUUGAGGAUGGCGGCUUCCGCCGCAUGAAGUUCAACCUGCCUCCCCUGGUGUUUGCCGGGCUCAAGCUCAUCAAGCACAUGUCGAUGCUGCAGGCCAAGGGCCAGGCCCUGGCCGGUGGGGUGACCUUCGAGGGCGUGCUGGACUGGUUGCUGGCCAGGUGUCAUCUAAUCGUGGAGGUGCCGCGGCCCAUGAUGGCACUGCGCUGCCUGCUCCACUGUGGGCACGCUGCAAGUGAGGAGGCUAGGCUGGAGGACACCGCCUACGAUUGCUUUGAGCAGGCCUGCACUCUGUUCGAGGAGUCCAUCAGCAGCUCCAGCGAGAAGGAGACUGCGCUGCAGGCCAUCAUCGGCACACUGCACCGCUGCCACGUCUUUCCGGCAGAGAGCCGUGCUGCACUUGCGCAGACUGUCUCAGGCUACUGCGCGAACUUGCUGAAGAAGGAGGAGCAGUGUCGCGCUGUGUGCCUGUACUCGCAUGUGUUUUGGCAGCAGGAGGUUGCGGCAGAUGCCCCGGCAAGGGCUGGCACUGCAGGCGAGGCACCUGUGCGCGACCCGGUGGGCGUCAUGCGCAGCCUGAAGCGGUGCAUCAAGCUGGCGAACGCCGCACAGCGUCGCAGUGGCAUCACUGCUCGGUCCCUGAGGCCUUCUGUGGAGCCCGUCAGCCUGUAUGUGGAGCUUCUCAACCAGUACUUGUUCUAUUUCGAGGCAGGCAACAGCCAGAUCACGCUGUCUGUGCUGCAGCAGCUCAUAGACUUGGUGGCCAACGAGAUGGCAGACAAACAAGCGGGCGAUGGGCUGAAACAGUUCUACAAGAACACACUGGAGCAUGUGAACUGGCGGCAAGGGACUGAUGAGAAGUACAAGGGGCUGCAAGUGCCCGCCCUGCCCGCUGCGUGA